AUAUUUCAAUUAUUAAAGCGCGCGAACUUUUCUAUAAAAGCAUGGGUAGUAAAACGUCGAACGAAGUUCGGCGUGAAAAUGCGAUCGUUAGUGUUUGCUUUAUUGCUAGUAACUGGCAUAGCUCUGGCCAAGGGACAAUGGUGGCAGCACGCCAAUUUCUAUCAAAUUUACCCGCGAUCCUUCAAGGAUAGUGAUGGCGAUGGUGUUGGUGAUUUACGCGGUGUGAUGGAAAAAGUGGGCUACCUGAAGCACGAACUUGGCAUUGAUGCCAUCUGGUUGUCACCAAUCUUCAAGUCUCCAAUGGCGGAUUUCGGUUACGAUAUCUCAGACUUCAAGGACAUCCAUGAGGAAUUCGGUACAAUCGCUGAUCUGGAAAACUUGGCGGCAGAGUGUAGAAAACAAAAUCUAAAGUUGAUUUUAGAUUUUGUACCAAAUCACAGCAGUGAUGAACACGAGUUUUUCCAAAAAUCAGAAGCGAAAGAUCCGGAAUACGCGGACUACUAUGUGUGGCAUCCUGGGAAAAUAUUACCAAACGGUACACGGGCACCUCCUUCGAACUGGAUCAGCGUAUUUCGUGGUAGUGCGUGGCAGUGGAGUGAAAAACGUCAAGAAUACUAUCUUCAUCAGUUUGUGGCUAAACAACCAGAUCUGAACUACCGCAACCAAAAGGUGGUCGAUGACAUGAAAGACGUGUUACGAUUUUGGUUGGAAAAGAAUGUCGACGGUUUCAGAAUCGAUGCUCUGCCGUAUUUAUUCGAAAGCCUUCCAGUGAAUGAUGUUUACCCAGAUGAAGAAAAAAGUGGCCUCACGGACGAUCCUGAUAACCCUGCAUAUUUAAUCCACAAUCAUACUACAGACCUCGAUGAAACGUUCGAUAUGGUGUAUCAAUGGCGUGCGGUACUAGAGGAAUUCAAGGCAUCUCAUAAAACAGACGAUCUUGUUUUAUUGACCGAAGCCUAUACAUCCUUGGACAACAUUAUUAGAAUCUAUGGAAGCGAGCAAAAGGAGGGAUCACAGGUUCCUUUCAAUUUCGAAGUUCUAAGUAACACUUUCAAGGAAAGUACCGGCGAAGACUUUUAUAACAACAUCAUGCGUUUCAUGAAUGCUCUUCCUAGUAAUCGCGUCGCAAAUUGGGUUCUUGGAAAUCACGAUAAUAAGCGAAUCGCUUCACGUUUAGGAGUCGAACGCGCUGAUCUUUAUAACAUUGCGUUGAAUACUUUACCUGGCAUUGCGAUUACGUACUAUGGAGAAGAACUGGCAAUGGAGGAUGUUUACAUUCCUUGGAACCAAACUGUUGAUCCGGCUGCUUGUAAUUCCAACCCGAAAGAUUUUAUGAUAUACUCCCGUGACCCAGCAAGAACUCCGUUCCAUUGGGAUGACUCAACUAGUGCGGGUUUUUCCACCAGUGCAAACACUUGGCUUCCAGUAUCACCGAACUACAAAACGAUCAACUAUAAACUGCAACAGUCAGCACCUCGAAGUCAUUUGAAAAUCUUUAAAUCCUUGCUUCGAUUACGCAAGCAGCGCACGCUCAGGGAAGGAUCGUUUGACAUGAAACUGAUUGAUGAAAAUUUGAUCGUGUACAAGCGAGAACUGGCAGAAGUUAGCACAGUCGUUGUGAUUUUGAACUUCGCGAAAACAUCCCAAACUAUUGACCUACCGAAGGUGUUCUCCGGUUUACCGUUGCAAUUUGAAGUAAUUACUUCCUCGAUGCAAACCAGCUAUGUGGAUGGCACCAUCGUGGAUCGGAACGCGAUCACGCUAGCGGCAGAAGCGGCCAUCGUUCUAGAGGGAAGUGCGAAACAUGACUAGUUUUAAAUAUUUCUUCAGUAUUGGUAGUUGCAACUUUUGCUGGGCUACGAACCACUGACGCAUCUUUUGGAAAUACAUUUUCUGCUUGAGUUUUGAUCUUACUAUUUCAUCUGAAACGUUCUCAUUAUUGACCAACUAUGCAAGAGUUUCAUUCAAAGAACUUUAUAUGACUUAAGACCAAUAACAAUAAUUGAUUCAGAUAAUUAUUCCCUCACUAUAUUAUAAGAUGCAAAUUACAUUACAAUUGGACAAACUUGAAGGCUUCCAAGUACAUAAGAGGUCUUUAAUGAUCCACGUGGACAACUUAGAGGGGUAAUGAUAAUGUCCACGUGGACACGAUUUUAUUUCCCAAAAGCAUGAAAAUCUGCCAGAAAAAUAUACAAGGGAUAGUCAAAAUUUUAUUCAAACACCAUUGAACUGGAAAACUUUGAAAGUUUCAUUUUCUGGCCACGAAUGUGGCCUAGGUCACCGGAUGUAGGAAAUAUUGCUAAGUUCCGGUAGGUAUGUCAAACCUGAUAAUUUUU